AUGGCUCUUUCGGCAAAGAUCAGCUUCACGGUGAGGAGUAUUUUGGAUCUACCGGAGCAGGACGCCCACGUUGCUCCUCAGCUCUCGCCGGGCCGCUCGUGCUCCAGCUCUCCGGGUUCUCCGUGGGUGGACAGCGACCGGAGCCACUGUCUCUCGUCAGACGAAAGCGGCGCCGAGACGCUACCUGACUCCACCAAGACGCCAGAAGCCUCCUGCGGAAAUGCGGAGAAGAAGAAGAAACGCCGCGUGCUCUUUUCCAAGGCGCAGACCUUCGAGCUGGAGCGGCGGUUCCAGCAGCAGCGCUACCUGUCCGCACCUGAGCGCGAGCAGCUCGCGCACCUGCUGAGCCUGACCCCAACGCAGGUGAAGAUCUGGUUUCAGAACCACCGCUACAAGAUGAAGAGAGGCCGCAUGGAGGGAUCCCGAGACCUCGAGCCGGCCCCCGUGCUGCGCAGGGUCGUGGUGCCCAUUCUGGUGCAGGAUGGCAAGCCGUUCAAUAGCUGCGACAAGGCGGGAGGUGGAAUCGCGGCUGCGACCUCCGCUCUUGCCUUCGGCCUCCCAGGGUACCAGUCCUUUCAGCAGCCGGCGUCACCCUUCGCGCUCUUCCCCACAUACCAGCACUUAACGGGCUCCUCGGGCUCCCGGCAUCACUGGGUCUGGUGA